ACAGACAGGCAGAGACACACAGAAUCCACCCCCUUGUGUUUGAAUGGCGGCACCGGCGUCGGCGCAAGGCGGCGAGGAGGCGCCGCUGUACAAGGACGCGUCGGCGCCGGUGGAGGCGCGCGUGCGGGACCUGCUGGUCCGCAUGACGCUGCGGGAGAAGGCGGGGCAGAUGGCCCAGGUCGAGCGCGUCGUGGUGUCGCCCCGCGCCCUCACGGAGCUCGGCGCCGGCAGCGUCCUCAGCGGCGGCGGCAGCGCGCCCAGCGAACGCGCCACCCCGUCAGAGUGGGCACGCAUGGUCGACGACACGCAGCGCCUCGCCCUCGCGUCCCGCCUCGCCAUCCCCAUCCUCUACGGCGUCGACGCCGUCCACGGACACAACAACGUCUUCGGCGCCACCGUCUUCCCCCACAACGUCGGCCUCGGAGCCUCCAAGGACGCCGAGCUAGUGCGGAGGAUCGGCAAGGCCACAGCACUCGAGGUCCGCGCCACCGGUCCCCACUGGACCUUCGCGCUCUGCCUCGCCGUCUGCAGGGACCCGAGGUGGGGGAGAUGCUACGAGAGCUACAGCGAGGACCCGGAGAUGGUGCGCUCCUUGACCACACUCGUCACCGGCCUGCAGGGUCAGCCACCGGCAGAUCACCCUCGUGGUUACCCCUUCCUCCACUCGCUUAGCGACAAUGUGCUUGCUUGUGCCAAGCAUUUCGUAGGGGAUGGUGGUACUCACAAGGGAAUCAAUGAAGGCAACACCAUUUGCUUUCCAGAAGAUCUAGAAAGCAUCCACAUGAAACCUUACCCUGAUUGUAUAACUCAAGGGGUGGCGACGGUCAUGGCAUCCUACUCUCAAUGGAAUGGGGAACCUUUGCAUGUCAGUCGCUAUUUGCUCACAGAUGUUUUAAAGGGCAAGUUAGGAUUCCAGGGUUUUGUGGUGUCAGACUGGGAGGCUCUCGACAGGCUCAGCGAGCCUAAAGGUUCUAACUAUCGCGAGUGCAAUGCAAAGUCAGUUAACGCUGGAAUGGAUAUGAUUAUGAUCCCUUUCAGAUUCGAGAAGUUCUUGGAAGAUCUUGUGUCCUUGGUGGAGACAGGGGAGAUACCAGCGUCACGGAUUGAUGAUGCUGUGGAGCGAAUUCUAAGGGUUAAGUUCAUAUCUGGAGUGUUUGAGCAUCCCUUUUCAGAACCGGCUCUACUUGACGUAAUUGGUUGUGGGCUGUGCUCCGGUGUCCCCCCCUGGCGAACGACGUUCAGGUGCUAAACGUGUGUUUGGUUCGUGACCAGAAAAUAUGGAUGAUCCUAUCCCAAAAGCCGAAUAUUUCUGAGAAAGGCUGGACCAUAUGAUCCGUGAAUUCCAUGACUAAUCUCAGUAGCCGCCUGAGAAUCCAUGGCCGUCGACGCGACUCCGACACCUGCCACCGUCGUAUGUGUGGCUCCCCAGCUCAGCGGCGACCACCAUGCCACGGCGAGCGGUGGGCUUGCUUUUCCGCGUGGCUCCCCAGUUCGACAUCGGCGGCCUCCAGGGCGCGGUAAGCGGCGGGCUUGAUUUUCAACGUGGCUCCCUAGCUCGGUGGCGGUAGCCUCCAUGGCGUGGCGAGCAACGAGCUUGCUACAUCUGCGCCACACCCAGUCGACAGAAACGGCAUCGCUAAAUAUGUGCGGGUAGUGACCUUGCUAGGCACGGGUAGGCGGCCGCCCGCUAGGUCCGGCCUCCACCACAAAGGGAAAAGGAUCCGUUAAUUACAUAUUAACCGGUGUGUUAAUGGUAUAUUUAUCCUUUUCUUUUAAUCGUUAAUUAAACAUAUUUUAUCCCAUCCC